AUGGCCCUCGCCCUUUUUCUCCGUCUCUCCUCAACACUGCACUCUCCACACACGCACACGCACACGCACGCGUGCUUUCUGGCAGAGAUGCACACAAAAUUAAUAUCCCACCACAAAUAUGGGGGACCAGCGGACGGGUCGCCGACUGUGGACAACGCCGCCAACCUAACCGCCGCUAACGUCACCGCCGCCAACGUCACCGCCGCGGAGACUGCGGUGAAGCAACCGCCAGCCACCACGCACAGAGGAGGCUCGCCUCCUCCCGUGCAGCCAGUGUCGGCGGAGUCGCCGGAGGCAACGGCCGCUGAGCGUCGAUUUCAACCUAAUCAUAAUCAUCGUCUCUUUAAACCGCCGUCGGACCCGCUGAACAGAGCCACGAUGAAUGGGGAGGGUCGCACGGUCGUUGUGUCGCUGGACAACUUUGAGCGAGCGCCAAGAGUCAAAGGCGUGCUGAACAGCCCCAGAAGUCUGAAGGCCUGCCGCAUUGAGGAAGUGGAUCCGACCGAGUUGCUGCCGCGCAAGGUGACAGAUUUCAUGGGGGUGGGAGUGCCGCAAGACCUCGCGAAGUUGCGUCAUGACUUCUUUGAGCAGCGGCGGGGGGAACGUGUCGAACGCGUCCGCCGCACCCGCAGUAAGUUGUUGGCUGAAGAGAGAAAGCAGUUCC